CGGACAUCGGACCGCCUACCGGAGAGAGAACAAAAACAUCCUUACACAGUUCAGUAUAAACAGGGAGACAUAAACCGAAUUUAGACAGUUAACGUCUACCUCCUAUUACCGACAACGUCAGCGGCAGGGAGACAUGGUUUCACCGGUAGCUGUGGUCAAGAGUGAAGGCCCUAAACUGGUGCCAUUCUUCAAGUCAACAUGUGUCUACUUUGUCCUGUGGCUGCCCACCUCAAGCCCGUCCUGGUUCAGCGCCCUGAUCAAAUGUCUGCCCAUCUUCUGCUUGUGGGUCUUUUUACUGGCACAUGGUUUUAGCUUCCUAGGUGCCCACUCUAAUGCCCGCAAGAUCUUGGCUGGCCUCAUCUUUUCUGCUCUGGGUGAUGCCUUUCUCAUCUGGCAGGAGCAGGGCUACUUCAGCCACGGUCUUCUAAUGUUUGCCAUCACCCACGUCCUCUACUCGUCUGCCUUUGGGAUGAAACCACUUAAUGUGCGCGCUGGUCUCGUGAUCAGUGCUGUGUCCUCUGUGACCUACGUCCUGCUGUACCCCUACCUGUCCGGCCCCUUCACCUACCUGGUGGCUGUCUACGUUGCUCUGAUUGGUUUCAUGGGCUGGAGGGCCAUCGCAGGUCUGCAGCUGGCCAACGACCUGUGGACCUGGACCAAGGUGUCCGCCUGCCUGGGCGCCGUGCUCUUCAUGGUCUCUGACCUCACCAUCGCCGUCAACAAGUUCUGCUUCCCCGUGCCUUAUUCGCGAGCCAUCAUCAUGGCCACCUAUUACGCCGCACAGAUGCUGAUAGCGCUGUCGGCCGUCGAGUGCCAGGACGCGGAGGUUGCCAGGAAGAGAACGUGAGGUAGUAAGGUCUCUGUAUGACCAGCCACAAGGCUGGAAAGGUGGCAGUUAAUCCCCUUAAACCCAGAGUGAUCAUGGACACAUCUCACUGCCUGAUGCCCAGCCCUUUUAGCCCGUAUCUCAGGCUAUGUUCAGACUGCAGGCAAAUCGGAUUUUUUUUCUCAAAUCAAAUCUUUUCACACAGACUAUCCGCACAAUCAGAUUUGUAUGUCCAGAGGUGUAGCGUCUCACUCGCCAAAACAAUUGCCCUGACAAUUCACAUUGCUGAACUCCUCUGUUGCACAAGAAGAGUCCUCAGCAAUGGAGAAGACUGGCAGCACUUCUGUCAUUGGCUUUUUGGCAUUUUGUGACGCACUAAGAGUGACGCAAAAGACAAUUUGAAAUCCGAUUUUAGCAGUCAGAGCACAUCUGCAGAAAUCAGAUUCGAAUUGCGCUUUGAACCACCUCCAAAUAUGGUUUGAAUCAUAUUUGUUUUUUUACUGUCCAGACUUUCAAAAACCACUCGAGAUGAAAUCUGAAUAUGCAAAGUCUGGCAGUCUGAACAAGGCCUCACUGUGGCACUUCCACACCUAUGUUACCAUGGUGACUGGUCUACUACAGCCUUUACAUGACCCUUCUAUAUCACUAGUAUAUAUGUCUCACACUCACACUUGUCUUCUUACCACGGAGAUGGUGUUGUAUUAUCUUCAGUCUCUCCCAACAACAGUCCUACCUGCUUCAUCUGAAUCUAGAAUUGUUAUCUCUCAACCUAGUUACAAUGGAGAGUGUAGUAAUAUUAACCUGCCACACACACACACUCUAGAAAGCGUACUAUAUUAAUUUAAACUGUUGCUCUGGAUCAUGUCACUGGGGACCUUGAAGAAGUGUAUGUGUGAGAGAGUGGAUUUAUUUUAUGUGUGAUUGACUGAAUUAUUUUUUUUUUUUACCUCACUUUCCACAUCCUGUCACAUACUGUCUGCCCCAUUCAGUCAGACUGUGACCACACGUGUCCCUCAAUCAUCUCCAAAUGUGGUCUUUCUGAUGCAUUGGGUGUUAGUUGUGUAAUUAUUGCUUUCCAUUUAUGAUGCCAUCACUAAGGAUGGAUCUUAAGACCAGGUCUGAAUAGAGUCAUAUAGUCUUCUCGUUUAUUUCAUCUGGUCCAAUCAUACAUUUGAACAUUUUACUUUUGUCAUUUGUUUAGUUGUCCUGAGACCUUUUAGAACUUUUUUUUAACAGGCUUACCCUCGUCUCUCCUCUGUCAUUCUCAUCUUCACACUAAGUAGCAGCCUGUAGUGACGCCACCUGUAAGAGUCUGAACUGAAGCAUCAAGCAUUGGCAAUUUUAACGUCACCACCAUGUUGAGAUAUUGCAACCAGACAUUCACAGACGUCACCUGCAACCAGGCUCCUAAUUUCCAAAAAUGACAUUAUGUUUUAUUGGAGAAAGAAAACUAGCAAUCGAGAUGAUUAACUUCUCAGAAAAAUGUUCAUUGAUGUUAGAAGGAAAAAUUAGGCUAAUUUUAAUUAGCGGCCAGUGGGUUUGCCCCCUGGUGGUUAUUCAAUAUAUUUUUAUUUCUUGUUUGUCAUUAUAGAGUAAACCACUUUUUGUCUAUGGCAUGUGAUCAACUCACAUGUGGUCCCUUACAUUUCCUUAACAACAACCACACUGCCUCACCGUUUAACAUUUUCUCUCUGGAAAUCUUUUUUUUUUUUUUUUAAAGUUAGCUUAUCCUUGAGUGACUAGAUGUACAAGAGAAGAAGAUAAAGGCUUGAUGAGUUAGAGGUUGUUUGUGGAUGCUUGAUUGUUCCUGCUCAGAGUUUCGUGCACACAGUAAAUACUGUGGUCAUAGCAAACCACAGAGCACACUGUGACAUGCUUUACAGUGCACCUGCUUCUCCUUUCAGUGUGAAGCAUCAGUCAUGUUCACACACCUGACACGUACAGCUCCUGCUGGCUUAGUUAUUGGAAAACCUGGCGGGGUCCUCACUGUUGGACUGCUUCAGUUGACUUAUGUUGUCAUUGGCCUUGGACCAUGUUGUGUUACGGAGACUAAAAUGAAGAAGGGCUAAUGUACUAGGCCGGAAUCUUUUUUUGUUUAUCAACCCUGUGUGAGUGUGUUUGUGUAUGCGUGCGUCUCAUUCUCAGAAUACAUUCAUUCACUCAUAGCCAAACACAAACAUUCACAUGAACAUGCCCGUUGCCCUAGGGCGGCCUCGUGGAAAGAAACAAGGGACAUGGAGCAAACUGGUUUAGGGAAUAGGUUUUUUUUUUCCAUUAUUUCCAAUAAUUCUGCUCUAAUCCUGGAAAAUCCACCUCAGGUAAUCCACAACAAGCUGCCUAAUAUGUUCUUUCAUCUCCCACAUUUCAACCCUGUCACCUUUCCUUUAUUUUAACUUCUACUAACCUGUUAUGAUAGAAUGAUGUGUAUUAUUGGAUAUUUAGUUAUGGAUAUAUACUGUAAACUCCUAUUCUGGUGUCUGAAUAUUUGCAUGUUUGGAGUGUGCAUGCGUGAGAGUGUCUAUGCCUUCGUCACAGCCGUUGAGUGAACAUCUGUGUGUUACUAUGACCAGUCUAAAGCCACUCAAGGUCAACCAUCGUAGUUGAUAUGGAGCACCCAUAUGCUACAAGAUGCCCUCAUUGUAUUUCCCACGAGGCUCCUAAACAUGUCUUAACACCCAUCGCCACUUUGUGGAUUUUAGAGCAUCCACUGAAUCCUUAUGUAUUGUAAUUUGAGGAUGGCAUUUAACUGGGUAGAUUCAAACUGGUCGGACAUCCAUAUAUUUAAUUUGACCAUAAAGCUUAGCGCUUAAGCUGAACAUGCUUCCUCCUAACUCAAUGCUAAGAAAGUACAUUUUAUAAUAGAAAAAAGUGUUUUUCACAAACAAAAAAGCAAGAAAAGGACACAUGUUGUUGUCCACACACAUCUAUCUGUGAUAUAUAAUGCUGUAUAUGAAACGCACAGGAAUAUUGGUUCUCUCUGCAGGUUCAAUGACUCCUAGACAAAAAUAAAUACACACACACACAACAUAUUUAUGCACCACAUCAGCUUCAGAUUUUAAUGUUGACACUCGACAUUUUCUUACAGUCAACAUUGUCUUAGUUUUGACCAGCAAAGAUUCAGACCAAGGGGUGUUUUCCUGACGACCGUUUUGCCAGAAUAGUUCCUCAAUCUCCUCUCAGCUGUGUCAGUAGCACGUAUGUCAGCGUUCUGUUUCUGCUUUGUCAGUCGGAAGUGUUUCAUCAGCCUGUCUGUUGACCGCUCGCCUACUGUUUCAGUUUGCAUCCUAGCAUCGUGGCCAAGUAAUCCUCUGCAGUAUUAAGCCUGCAGAGGCUUGGUAGUCCACACGCACACAAAUCAAGUUUUAAUAGAAUACGAGUAAAGAUGAUGCUUGACAUGACUUGCUCUUGUAUGCAGUGUUGCGGGGGAGGGGGGCGCGGGUCUUUUGUGUCCUUAUUAUGUGCACAAGGUACGGAAGCCCUCAUGUCUUUGUUUCUCCUGACUUUUGGUCCCGUCAGCUAAAUGGCAACGAGCCAAAAGAAAGGCUUAACUUGAAGUAUUUCAGAGAUUAACUUUUGUUGGUCAACCCACACUUUGGAAAACUGCCACAACUUUGUAACGUGAAGGGUAAUAGAUGAGUAGUAAAGCAAUACAUGAACUUAAAGGUCCAGUGUGUAAGCUUUUAGUGAUGAUGUCUGCAGGUGAGUGUGACAAAACGAGGACUCCUCCGCUCACUCCUCCCUUACCCAAGCACACCAAGCGAACUACAGUGGCCUUGUAUACCAGAUAUCAGUCGUCUUUGUUUAAGUACGGUAAUGGUAACACUUUUAAGAACUCACUCUAGUGUGGACCAAAGCAGCUGAAUGUCACAGUUCUAAUCAGUGUCUGUACAGAAUGUACGCUCUGGUAUCAAAACACUUGUUGCAUAAAUAUGUAGUGAAGUGACAUUUUCACCAUUUUGGUUGCGGUUUAACGACCUAUUGUACACAAACACAGAGCUGGCUUAGCUACAGGUCGGCUCUCUCCCUCUCUCUCGCCCUCUUUACCUCACAGCAGGAGUCUGCACUUCUUUCUGUUCUUCUCUACUUUGCUAAGGCGGUAGGAUGGGAGCAGGUGCAGUUACUCACAAGUAAAUGGUAAACCACUGAUGCAUUGAGGGUGUUUAUAUUGUUAUAGUGUUAUAUUGUUAGUGUAGGACUUGUGUUAAUGAUGGCUCUGGUGUCAUUAAGACAUAUUUUUAGACAUGGCUGAAAGAUCCUGAACAGAACACUAAGAGAGAAGCCACUGUCAGUGCUUACUCCAUGAUUUUUUACCUCCACCACAUCUUCUCAACCACUAUUUUCUAACAUAUAUAAUGCAUAAAGAGGAGAAUCUCUGUAUUUGCUUUACACAAACCUUAAAGCAACAUAUUUCAGGAGAGUAAUUCCUGGCAAUAAACCUUCCUAAAUGUUACACACUGGACCUUUAAACAACACAUUAAAUCAGAUAACUUAUUGUGCCCAUGUGGAUGAUUUUGCUUCUAUUCUUGUUUGUCUUGGGCACAGAUAACCAAAGCUGAAACCCUUAUGGAAAACUGGACUGUUUUCCAGUGAGUGGAAGUUGUCAGUAUCGCAGUCCUCUGGUGUGUCAAACAUCCUUUUGUUUUGCAGGAGGCACAGGCCCCUUCUUUCAGGACGGGGUUUGGCUUUCAAUUGUCGCGAGAUACUGUCACUGAAAUUGGGUGAGGAGGUGAAAUAUGACACACAGGGGGAAGACUCCCUUUCCAUUUGGCCUGUUAGCUGCCACCCUGUCCCCCCACAGAUGGCAGGCUAGCAUGCAGGAGCAUCACUUUACCUCAGCCUGUCAACAGCUCUGUUGUCCUAAGCUUUGUCCCUGCAGACAAAGGGGACCUGAGAGAGCUGUGGGAGGCCAGCAUGGAACCAGAAGCUGGUGUAGUUGGGAGGACCUGUGUUUUCACUCGCUCCUCUAAACUAGCACUUAGUUGGCACUUUUAUUAAAGUUAAACUUCCGUUUUUUUCCCCCCUUUGUGAUGUUGUGACCCUUACGUAGAAACUCUCGCUGUGAAUAUGCUGUUGUUGUAGCUGGUGACAUUCAAAAAAACAGAGCUGUAACAUUUGUACAUCUUUACUCACGUGACAAGUAGAUUGCAUUUAUAACAUUAUUAUUAUUAUUAUUAUUAUUAUUAUUAUUACAGUCGCAGACAAACCUCCAACAUCAGUAUGAGCUAAUGGGACAUUAUCUAUUGAAUGAGCAUCUUAUCUUUGUGAUAAUCUGAAUUAUCUGAGUGCUGCACCUCAAAUAAGGCCAGUCUUUUUUGUUUUUCUUAAAUCCAGCAGCAGGUGUUUGAAACAUUACAUGUUGUAUUGUACAUUUAAGUAUAUGCCCAUUAUACCUGUAUUCUCUUCCCGAAGAAGACAAAAACAGAGAGGUUUAAAGACAGUGUUGUUUUUGUGUUGACAGGUUAAGCGUAAGAAGGUGACGCUCUAAGGGAGAAGCAGCAUUUUUCUUUAAAAAGCAGUAAUUACUGUUUAGGUGUUACAACCCUCUUAAAAAGUAUUACCAUUUUAUUUGCAGAAAAUAAGCCCCAAAAUGUGUUUUCUUUUUCUUGUCACCAUUGGAUAAACUGGAGUUUGUUUUCCACAAAUAACUCGAGAUUCUUUUUUUUUUUAAUUGUAGGCUUGUGAAAUAGCAUUAUUUAGCUUCUUUUCAUGAACAUUGUUUUUAAUUCACUCAUAUACUUUACCUUGUGGUCCUUGAUUUUAUCUUUGUGAUUUAUUCCUUUCAUGAUUGUAGAGAUAAAAUAGUUUCUUUGCUGUAGUGAAACUGCUCUGAAUGUGAAUAUCUAUUGGAGAAAUAAAUGCAAUUUCAAUGCAACGUCA